AUGCCCUUUGUUUUUGAAUUUUCCUUUAUGUUGAUAACGUGGAUGCAGCCAGCAACAGAUGGAUCGAAUUCAAGCACACCCUUUUAUCCUCAGUUUGGUUCCUCCAGUGGUGUUUUGAAUCAAUCAGGAGUGUUCGUCAGGGAUUUACUGGUCUCUUUGCUUUUCAAAGACCUUAUUUCAGGACAAUUUGUGUUGCCAAAUGUGGGAUAUUCCACGAGCAUUGCUAAUUCUGUGGAUGGUCUCAGUGACCUGGGUUUGUCUCAGUUGCCCACCAAUACACACCAAAAAGAACAGAUGCAUGACAAUAUGGCAUAUUUAAUGCAGUAUCAGCAAAUGGCUUUCAUGGACAAUCCGAUGGAAUUGCCAAGUGUUCCUAAUCACUUUGGGAUGCAUGGGAUGUUAAAACGGAUAAAGGAAAAUCCAGGUAUGACCUCACUUGCUGUGGGAACAGAUUUGACAACGCUCGGUCUAAAUUUGAUGUCAAGUGAGCCUCUUCACAAGACAUUUGCCUCUCCCUGGGUAAGUGAACCUUUCAAAGUAGAGCCUGAGAACGAUAUUCCCAUGUGUUACAAUGUCAGACAUCCACCUCCUCUAAAGCAAAGUGACUUUAAAAAUUUCCAGCCAGACACCUUGUUAUAUAUUUUUUACAGCAUGCCAAAAGACGAGGCACAACUCUUUGCAGCAAAUGAACUGUAUACUAGAGGAUGGUUCUACCAUAAAGAGCUCCUGUUAUGGUUCACUCGAGUGGCAGAUAUGGAACCUCUUUUGAAGACAAGCACUUAUGAGAGAGGUUCAUAUUUCUUUUUCAAUUCCGACACCUGGAUGUUGAGAAACAAGGAUGAUUUUGUUUUGCACUAUGACAAGAUUGAAAGGUGGCACUCGAUGCCUCGGCACUAG